AAUAGAUGUCGCUGCUAGCAUAGCAACGUCCAUAGCAACCAAGAAAAUAUUGAAGUGAGAAACAAUUUUGUGAGUUCUCAGAAUACAGCAAUAUUUCGAAGAUUGAACACCGUAAUCUACAUCUAGACAUCAUCAAGGAUAUUAUGGAACAAACAGCUCAACCACAAGAAUCUCAGCCACAAAUGACUCCAGAGAAAGAACUGGCAGCUGGAGGAGUCCCCAAGGAUGCCAGAACAUCAGAAUUUUACAGAACAGAAAAUAUACCUAACAGAUUUGAUAACCCAGAAUGGUUCAGCAAGGGAUACAGUCAAAAACAAGUGCACCCAUGCUAUAAAACAAGUGCACAAACAUAUGGGGCUAUGAAACCCUCUGUCCACACAAUGCCUACUAGCUUUCACUGCAAAUCUCAACAGUUUUCACAGCACUUAGGAACAUGUGGGAUGUACAGGAAUCAUUCGCUAAAUACAGCAAAGGACCAGAGCAAUGUCUAGAAAAAGGAAACAUAAUACAACUAUUAUAUAACUGUGAUACACCAUCCUCACAGACUGAAAAAUAUGUGAGAUAGAGACUCACUAAAACAUACUGUACUUACAUGUACAGUCACAAUAUAUUUAAAAAAUAAGUAAAAGUACAAGUACAUUGAUAAGAAAAUAUUUUACUUCUCAAAAUGAGGAAUUCUCUAACAAAGAGAUACUUAACACCGAAACACUAGAAGC